CCAGGCACUGUUCACUUGAAUUUAAAUGUGUUGAAAGAAAAUGAAACAGAAACUUGAAUUUCCUAAUAAUGUGAGUCACUAUUGAAGGGCUCUUUAGCCUGUACGUUCCAUGUGGAGACUCUGUCCAACAUCACAAACGAUCCUGAGGGAAAAGGGGAGGUUCUGCUAAAAUCUCUUAUGCACAGAAGUCCUGGCAAGGUCCCUUAUUACUGAGAGCAGCGGUUGUUUGUCCGCACCCAGUCCUGUAACAUUUUUGGGCCCUGGGGAAGUAUACCGAAGUUCUCAUCAGGGAUGUAGGUGCCUGGGCUGCACCUUGUCCUGAACUCUGAAGGAUGGAUGUUGAGGGGAUCAUCUGAGGUUAAAUAACCCACCAAGUUUGUUGUGGGUCAGUUUGAUCUAAUCUUUCACCAAGGAAGUGCAGUCUCUGAUAGAUUCUGUCUGGGCCCUGGAAGGGAUCAGUGGGGUUGGUCUCACCACCAAAAACUUCCUGCUGGGACAGCAUCACUCAUGGAAAGGCAGAGUACUAUGCUAGCAGCAGUCUCAUUUAGUCUCAGUGUGGACCAAAGGAAAGAUAAGAGCAAGGUCCUUAGAAUACAAAGGUCACUUCCGUUUUCUCUCCAUCAUUCCAAAAUGAAGAGUGGAAAAGAAAAUAGCAAGUUCUUUUCAAUGGAAAAGAAUUGGUAAGUUAGUCCUUGUUGGUAGGGUGUGUUGCAGUUUUGUUUUUUGACACAGGGUCUCAUGCAUUCCAAGCUGUCCUCAACUUGGAUUUGCAGGUUAACCUUGAGCUUAGAUCAUCACACUUCCAUUUCAAAGGAGGUGGGAUUGCAGGUGGGGCUACCCAGGACAGUGAGGACAGCGCCGUAGUCACUGAGCUCUGAAAUUGCCACAUGCUUCGGCAGUCACUUUCAACUGAACCAUGUCUAUCAGUCCUACCCACCCCUGGUGACUUUUUUUCUUUUCUUCAGACAGCGUCUCACUAUGUCAGUCACGCAGGCCUGCAAACAAUCGGGCUUUGGUAUCUUCGUUGGAGAGAGAGUACCACACAGCCUCAUGACCUUUUCCCUUGGUUCCUCCACUGUUUCAGUUUCCUCUGCCAACAGUUCGUCACACUGUUGCCAGCACCUUGGUGGCUGCAUUCUCCAUCUGCCAACAGUUCAUCGCACUGUUGCCAGCACCUUGGUGGCUGCAUUCUCCAUCUGCUAAAGGCAUCUGGAGACAACUUAGAAAGGCCAGGCACAUGGCUUCUGUGACCGUACCCCCUACCAAACAUCCCAUGUUAUAACCAGCACUGCAGGCUCUUCCUGGAUGUGCUUUCAAGCACCUGUACACAUAAGACGGGACCAUUCCUCUGCCACAUUCAUCCUCUUGUGAGAUCUCACUACUGUUAACUUUCUCAUAUAGAGGAAUAGAAGGUCUUGAGGAAAGAAGGAGACAUUCCUGGGCAUGGUUUGGAAAGUAAACACUCAGUUCCUCACACGGGAAGAGCUAAGUUGUUUCUAAUCAAGGCUAGAGCAAUUUCUGGCUUUGAAAGGAGGUGGUGGCUUAUGGCAAUGUCCCCGGAGAGUCUCUGGACAGGGCCCCUCAGCCAGUGGUAAGCACAAGGUGAACAUCAGCAGGGUCCCCAUGACAUGACGGUCUGUUCUCUCUACAUUCUAUUCUAUCCUGGAGAGCCCAUGGCACCCCCUGUGAUGUCACUAGUGUGGCAACAUCAACUGCUCAGGACAUUCAUUCCGUGCCUAUAGGUCUCAUCAACAGGCAUGUGGGCGAGACUGCGACGUCUAUUUGGGAAAGAGAAUGUGGAUGGCAGAGACUCCAAAGAGAGGAAGAAGGCAGUUGGCCUCCCAUCUCAUUUUAAAAUAUCAAGAAAGAAGUUGUCCUGGGGAAGGCACAGAGCCAGUGAGGAACCACCAUCCUCCACAAAGCUCCCCUCCAAGAAGCAGGUGAAGAAGGAAAUGGAGAGGCUGACCACUCAGCUGCAGCUUAAGACCAGGGAGAGAAAUGAGCUGUGUGAUCACCUGAUCCUCGUCACAGAAGGAUGCUUGGACAAAAGGCCCUACAAUAGGCAAAAUCCUUUUUGUGAGAGACUCAAGAUACAACAUAAGAAGGUGACACUGAACCUGCAGAGCUUGGAGCAUGAGCACACUGAAGCUUUACAUAACCUCAAGGAUCUUGACAGGGAGACCCGCUUCUAUCGCAAUCUCCACAGCCGGCUCCAGAUGGAGCAGACUCAGCUGAAGAGGAAGGUGGACAUGCUGAGGCAGGAAAACAAGGAAGUGAAAGAGGAUUGGGCCCUGCUGCAGCACCAGUUGGUGGACCUGCAGCAGAUCUGUGAGGACCAAGAGGAGGAGACCUGCGACUUCCAGACCCAGGAACUGUCCAAGGUCAGGGACCAUUUGCCCAUUGGACUUAUCUAUACACCUGAACUUUCACCUAUCCCCCUGCUCGCUAAAAGACACACCCCCCACCCCCCCACCUCAUGCAAUAUGACUGUUCUUUUCUCUGUCAAUGCACAGUACUCUGGGAAAUGAGCCUAGUGUGAGAAUGUCAGUUACUGACAGGCAUACCCUGCUGUUCUGCUGAAGGCGCAAUCAAAAGAGCAGCGUGGGGAAUGAGACACCCCACGAUUAGAUGUUCUCUGGAAAGCCAGAGUGCAGUGUACCCAGAUCAUUGGUGCCCUCUGGGUCCUGUGGCUGUUUGGCCUGGCGGGGUCAUGUGACAUCACAGGUAGGAAGCAGCUGGCAAAAAGAAGAGCCUAGUGGUAAUGCCAGAUGAGUGCUUCUCAUUGUCAUCCAUUUGGAUAUCGUGUGGCCUCCUCCAUUCUUCCUCACUCCAACGUGGUCUCCUCUGUUGCCCAGCUCUUAGUUCACACGGACAGACGCCUGAAUUAGAGUUUCUCAGCCCUGUUUUCUGGGAGUUAUUUGGAGUGUUUAUAAUCUGGUGCUGCCUAGAUGACAAGGGAAAUGGGGAGGACUUUUGACAGUUUGAUGAGGUCAGAGUCUAGAGACUUCAAAGGAAAAAAUUCUCUACCCACCUCAACAUGUCUGGCUAAGCAGAGCAAGCUCCUCACAGCUAGUUUAGUCCCCAAGGGAUGGAUAACAGAAUUGUGAGACCAUUCUGAAAGAGCUUGUGUGUGGAGUCUAAACUCCACGCUCUUCUAGCAUCAAGCCUCUGGGCAGGGUGGACAACCAUGCAGUGUGCAUUGGCUAGAGGAGGCCAUUGGGCGUCUUUCACGCCAGUUUCUACCUUGCAACAGGGUUUCUUCCUUGCCCUGAAGCUGCUGUUCUGGCUGUCCUGGCUGGCCAGCAAGCUCUGGGGUCCUCUGUGUGUGCUUGCUCCUGUAUGACAGUGUGCGCAUGCCUGUGUGCAACCCUGCACUGAACACCAGCUUGUAGUGAGCAGGAGCGGGAAAGACUGGAGAAGCCCCUGCAGAACGCCAGGAAGCAGAAGCAGCUGUCCUUCCAGGACUGAGCAUUAAGGCUGCAGCAUCAA